UCUAUUUGCAACGUUAAAUCUCGGUCGAACGAACUGAUCAAAAGUGGCUGUUUCGCGUUUCGCUCGUCCGCUUAUUCUACGAACGUUGCUGACAACUAGUCUAACGUGUCCGAUCGAGAUUGAAUAAAUAAACGGAUAAGCAAAUGAAGGAAUCGAAUGAUAAUUAAAUAUUCGUUUCGAUACCUCGAGAAGAAGAAAAAACGAGCAACUCGGCUGACAUGAAAACCGAUAUGCCGGACGUUAAACAGGACCAGGCUAAAGUCGAAGAUCGCCGCGGUUCUUCGAAACAAAGUACGAGAUCGAGAGUGUGCACGGAGCACGGUGAACAGGAUUGCCCGAGUGAAAACGAACACGAGUUCGAGUCGCUGGAGUACGAGGAAGACGUUUAUUAUUCGAAUUUAACCGCAACUCCCAGCUUCGACGACAUAGACGAGCUGAGCGACGAUGCGGACGAAAUUGUUGUCCAUUGCUGGCGGGACUCGAACGGUGAUAUAGACGAGAUCGUGGUGGACGAUGCGAAUCUAUCGGUAGAGACGCAGUUUUUGACGCCUGACGGCGAGGACGGCGCCACUGGUCGCGGAAAGAAAAAGAGGAAAUCGGUUCGAGUGAUAUUCCAGGACUUCUCGAAACCGUAUCUGGCCAAGAUCAGCAACAGCCAAAAUUACAAGAAGUUCCUCGAGUUGGUAAAAGGAGAAGACGCGACUCUUCACUCGGCCGAUUACAUCUCGCCAACGUCAGAUAACGUAGUGAACGAGCUGCAAGGACUCUCUCUGGAAGAACAGAAUCGCCAAAAGGAGGAAUGGAGCGCGGAACUGGCCAAGGUGGAAGAGGAGAUUCAAACCCUGAGGCACGUGUUGGCGAACAAGAUCAGAGUCUCUCAAGAGCUGAAGAGGAAGCUGGGCAUCAGCGUUUGGAAAGAGAUCACCGACGACAUGAAUCAGGGCUUGAAAAACGUUAAGGAGAGUCAAGUUUAUCAGAACGUCGGCGAGAAACUCGGUCAGUUCAGCAAGGCGGUCACCGAGAACACUUUAUUCCAGAAGACAGAGUCUGUGUUCAAGACCACGGCUGAGAAGACGACCAGCAUUCUUGGCGGCUUCGGAAGUGGAUUAUCCAUGAAGCUCGGCCAGAUGCGUAACUCCGACAGCUUCCGUUCCCUGGAAGAACGAGUUGGAUCUGCCUACGAGAACAUGAAGACGAAAGUCGUGCCUUCAAGAUCCAGCUCAAUGCAAAGCUUCAACGAGAUGCUCCGAGACACGGAAUCGUUACGCUCGGCGCCAACAGCUACCAGCCCGACAAUUCCGGAAGACAAGCUUCUGUCUUAGAGUUGGGCAUCUCGAGUUUACAUCGAUUUCUGCCUCUUCUCUGCGUAACAUGCUGACGCGUCGAUCCACGAUGCCGGUGUUUCGCCCUAUGCUACAAACUAUCACUUUCCACUGCGUAUUGCUAUUAAUCAGGGCUAUGCGAUGUCGUCUACGUAAUCGAACGUCUAUUAAAACGAAAUAAAAAAGUAAAAAAAAAAAAGUCAAGUCAGUCGUGGAAAAUGAGUUGGCUUCGCGGAUAUCGAUCGAUAUGAUACAACGAUUCGAACAAUUUGUGUCUUUUGGAUGUUUCCUUGCGUGCACAAAGCUGUGUAGGACAUUGGACGUUGUUGGAAUUGAACUCGCAACUUGAUGUUUCUUCGUGAUCUAAUAAGUUGCACGAUAUGUCCUGUUGAGAACAGAAAAGCUAAUUUGUGAUUCUUUUUUUCCUUUAGCGAUUAUUCUUGUUUAUUAUUUCUUUUUUUUUUUUUACGGAUUGAUUUUUAGAAAUAUGUGGAGAAAUCUUGUUGAUUUUUAACACGUGACGUUUGUUUCUUUUCUUUAUCUUUUUUCUUUUUUGUUGUUUGAAGAACGUGCAGGAUUUCUGUGUUGGUUGAUCUUUUUACGGUGACAAGCUUAUCAGCGUUGUAUCAAUAGUUUGCGUUUAUUCGUAUCGGGAACAUGUUACUCAAGAAGAUGGCAAUUGAUUUCUUUACUUUAUCGAACUUAUUUGCACUACAGCGAUUUUAAUACCGUAUAAUAUAAUAUAUCGUUGGAUACGUACCUUAACGUUUAGCGGUUCAACCUGUUUUUGCACCACGAAUUCGUGAAAGUAGGCACACACGCUUUGAAUAGAUAUUUUACUCUGGUGGCGUUCUCGUCCUUUUCUGGAUAUCGAUAAUCUUAACAUCAGAAACGAUACCUCGAUGUAUUCCUAUGACAUACGAAUUCUGACUAUCAAUCUUCCUCGAUAAGACUCGUGCUUCGACAAUACUAUCUAUUUUCGUGUGAUACAAAAUGAUCGAUCUCUAUCGUGCAGUCUAUUUGAAAAUAAUUCGAAUUCGUGCAGUAACACUUGUAGAGUUUCCAGGAUUACUUUACGCGGGACACAGGUGGCCGCCAUUGUUUCACAAUUAUUCGAUUCAUCUCAAAUAUUCCCGAAAAUAUUUCUGAAUAGGUAGCUAUCUUUGUACGUUGAUAAAUGUCCUUAUAAUUACGUUACGAAACAUUUUAUAACUCGUUGCAUUUAAGCGAGGCUAAUAUCGAUCUUAAAUAACGAAGCUGUUACGGCUAUCACGACCAUGUUAUUUCGUUCAAAAUCGAAAUCUUAUCGUUGUGAGAGUUAAUAAACGCGAUACUGUUAUACAUGUUCGCAAUGAAUCAAAUUCUUCAGCACUAUGCUUGAACGUAUAGAGAAUGAUCGAUAAGUCACUUUCCCAUUUAACAGUUGCACAACUUUCUUUACUGUAUAUUUUUAGAUUCUUAUUUCAGACUUUUGACAAAAUUUACAAUGGAGGAGCAAGUACAAGUCUUGAAAAGGAAAAAGAAAAAAAGAAUACGACCCGAUUUCUUUUUGCGACGUAACAUCACACCAAACUAUAAUCUUUACAGAACGAAAUUCUCGCUGAUGUAGAAACCUUGCGUUUCUACUGCCCCAAAAUUUGCUAUCUUGACAAUUAACACACCCAUUGAAUUGAAAAUGUACCUGGCAUCUCGUUGAAACAGCGUUAGAACAAUGGAGUGAAUCGAUUUUGAAAAUAAAAUUCAAUAAUUUGUAUUCGUUGCUCCUGUUGUAUAAUUGUAAUGGAUGUUAACUUUUCUAUUAUAAAUCUUCAAAAGUCUUUAAAAAUUCGAAACAGAUAUUUAAAGAUAUACAACGAAAAGGAGUUUUAUACAACCAAUCAAUGGGAAGGUGAGUUACCCGUUACACUAUAUUAAGAAGAAUUGUUUUUGCCUUGAAGAGUUUAUGAGGAUUAUAAGGAUGGCUUGGUACGGUAGUCAAUGGUACAGCGAGGCUUCCCGUGUUCCGUGAUCAUUGAGCCUUAAGGACGACUUUUAAAGAAACACGUGUAAGACCGAUCUAAUUGCAAAUUGUCUAGGAAAGCGAAGAAUAUUUUUUACUAAGCUCUAGAAUGAAAUUACGUGGCGCGGACGCGCGAUGACCAGAGCGCGUUUGCUUGUUUAAGAAAUUCGUUAAUUUAAGGAAUCGGACACAGAUAUUAUAAAUGCAUAUACAUAAAGCAUUUUCCGCCUAUUUAACGAACUCUAUAUGUCAUUGAAACUGGAUCUAAUCCCUGCGAAUGUGUCGUAAGAUCUGCGCUCGUAUCGUCAUCGACAACCUGCUACACACGAUCUACUUGUUCAUAUUGGUGAAUAAAUUAUUUUGAAAAAUGCUACACGUGAACAGCGAUUUUUCACCCAUAGUACGGAGCGUGACUAAACGUUUGUUAAAUAUUAAAAAUCUAUGUGUGCUUCUUAAUUAUAUGGAACUUAUUCGUACUUAUAAUGGCAAUUUAAUAAUAUAUUUUUUAUGAAAAUUUCUGCAGUUUCCCUUUCUUUCGCUAGUUUCAGUAGGAUCUCUACGAUUUCUAGUUAAUUAGAUAAGAUUGUUCAUUUAGACUAAGAUUAUUCCACGGAAUAUUAUUAUAUAUUUGACAAUCAUUUUCUACGUAAUUCAUUAUACAUUGGCACUGUGUGAUUAUUAAUAGAAAUUAGAAAUAAUUCUUUAUUUUAUCAUUGAUUUUCUCUCCCUUUAUACAGAAUGCAGCAUGUUUCGGAGUUUGUUUUUUUUUUGUGUUACAUGAUACAGUGUGUCAUUGGAAUAAUCUUGCAUAUUGUUUAAGUAUAUAUGUACUUUGUAUGAUAUUUUAAGAUUACCGUCCUAAUAUAAGAAACAAUUUGUGGAAACUACUCAACUUUCGAGUGUUCCAGUUUCCUGCUUAUAAUAAAUGGACCACUUUAUAGACUAUCUUAA